CCGAUGACAAAGCGACAGAUCCGACCGAUGAGUAACUCGGGAGCAAGUUUCCCCCGGGAGACAAGAUGAUCUUGACGUUUUUCCCCGUAAAGAAACUGAGGCGAAAUGGCAGAUAUGUUCUGCUUGGGGCGAUUCUGCUGGUCGGAGCUGUGGCCGUGUACCAUGAGAUGGUUGCAGCCAAAGCGUGGAGCAGUGACAUGGGUAUGGGUCCUGACGCUGCCGGCAGCAGCUGGAGGAGAUCCGUGUUGGACGAAAGGGUGAGACAGGACCAUCGGCCAGGUGCUGUGGAGGAUUCAGCUGCUUGGAUCUCUAGCUACACUCCGCAGACCUGGAAACCAGAGUAUAAGGGACGGGCCAAUCUGCAUGUCUUUGAGGACUGGUGCGGCAGUUCUACUGCUGACCUCCGCAAGAACCUGCACUACCCGCUGUAUCCUCAUUCCAGGACGACAGUACAGAAGCUGGCCGUCUCUCCUCUGUGGACCAACUAUGGACUAAGGAUAUUUGGUUACCUCCAUCCAUAUACUGAUGGAGAGUUUGUGUUUGCUUUGAGCUCUGACGAUAACUCUGACUUAUGGCUAAGCACAGAUGACUCUCCCCUCAACCUGCAGUUGCUGUCAUGGGUUGGAAAGACUGGCACAGAGUGGACAGCGCCGGGCGAGUUUGAGAAAUAUGCCAGUCAGACCUCCAGACCAGUUAGGCUGUCUGCUCAGAGGAGGUACUUCUUUGAAGUUAUCCACAAACAAAACGACAGAGGGGCUGACCAUGUGGAAGUGGCAUGGCAACUCCUGGACCAAGACUCCAGGUUUAUGGUUAUUGAAUCCCAGCACAUCUCCCUCUAUGUUGAUGAGUCUGCUUUUUUAAUGGGUGAUGUCGGCCACAUACCACAGACGGCUGCAAGCCACGAACGCACACCCACAAUAAACAGCGCUGCAGCCGACAUUCUAAAUGAAGAUCCGCGAGACACAUUCUACCAGGUGCCUUUUAUAAACAGUAAGUUCCUGCAAGGUGUUCUGCCUGACUGCUCGUACAAUCCCAGCUACACAAUCAAAGACUACCCUCUGCUUCGUUAUCAAGGACUGCAUUUUGUCCACAUGUCCUACAUCUACCCAAAUGACUACACACGACUCACGCACAUGGAGACAGAGAAGAGCUGCUUCUACCCUGAGAACCCUUAUUACAUGAAGAUGUUCGGUUUCUCUGCAUACAUGAGACUAGACCGUCCAGAUGUGCAGGAAGGUGGAGCCACAGGCAGAGAUUUUGGGAACCAGGGAAGGAAAUCCGUCCUAGAGGAGGAGUAUGACAAUGAGCCCUAUGAACAAGAGAAGGAGUUCAAGCUGGACGAGAUAAGCAAUGCUCUUUUUUCAGACAAUGGAGAUGAUUACGAUGAUUAUGCUCUGAAACGCAGGCGCAAACUAUUCUCCUUGGCCAGCCAAGAAACGAACGACACACUGGAGAACUCUUCUGUUACAAGACUGCAGACAGAGAAGAUGCAGAAGAGGCAAACGCAAGACAAUGUUUCACAGCCGGAGGCAGAAAAAACAACUGUGCCUCCGCAGCCAGUGCCAUCGCAAGCUUCAAAACAUCCGCGGCAACAAAACUUGAUGCGGUUAAAACAAAAGAAAAAAUCAGCUUUGAGACCAAAACAGAAAAAGCCACAGACGACAGUUAAAAACAAGCAGCUUAAAGCAAAGCAACGGCCAGUUGCCCCAUUGGAGACACUCAAAGACUCGCAGCAUCUAAACCAAGAGCAGGAUGCUUCUCUGCCUGAAAAGCCCACAGUGGCUGAGCAGCGGAAGUUUGUAACCAGAGAGAAAGAGAAAGAGGCAGCCAUCUCCAGGCAUUUUGUUACUUGGAAGAGAGACAUCAAACGGCCUUUAGCAGUGUCAAAUCAAAAUGACGCAGAUGCCAGAAAAAGCCUCAGGGAUAAAGAGAUAGAGAUGAAUAUGCCUCUGCAGCAAGAUUUGGAAAACAGCAUCCCAGGAGCUGAAUGGGGUGCGAGAGGGAAGAUGGGUAAAAAGUUGCCGGACGUGGAAGGAGAAGGGGGCCGAGUGGGGGAGGAGGACGAGGUUCACAACAGGGUUGAGAGCCAGAGAUCCACCAGGCAGAGUGAAGGAGUCAAUCUGUGGGGACCAGGAGAGGAGUUUGACGUUGCUGAUGAUGAGGACAGUACCCCUGCACCAGUGUUUGACACUCAGGUCAACUGGAACCAAACCUUCAAGGUCAACCACAUGGAUCUGCAUGCACAGCGUUCCGAUGGGAUCGAUCUGCAAUGCAACAUCUCCGGAAACCUGCUGCUCCACUCCAGUGAUGCUUUGCCCAUUGUCAAGACUUUCAUGGAGCAUCUGAAUGAAAAGCACCACGGGCAGUUUACGUUGGUGCGAGUGGUUAAUGUGGUGAAGCGUGCGGACGGGAUCCAGGGCAGCCGCUAUCUUCUGGAGCUGGAGCUGAAAGAUGCGGGUGGCCGGUUGCGGCGUCUGUCACACUACAUCUACGCUCUGAUUCGCCGAAGCAGGCGCAGCAAGGACUUCAGUUUCCAACAGCCGAAACCUCAGCUGGUGCUGUGCAACCCGGUGGGCUUCCAGUGGAAUCCUGUUGCCACCGUCCACUUCAUAGUGCCAGUGAAGAACCAGGCUCGGUGGGUGCAGUACCUGAUUUCUGAGAUGGAGAGAAUCUUCAGGGAAACCGGCGACGUCAACUUCAACCUCAUCAUUACCGACUACAACAGCACUGACAUGGACGUGAGGAAGGCGCUACAGAAAUCCUCACUCCCCAGGUACCAGUAUGUGAAGCUAGGUGGGAACUUUGAGCGCUCCGCUGGCCUACAAGCCGGUAUCGACCUGAUAAAUGAUGACCACAGCAUUGUGUUUCUCUGUGACCUCCACAUCCACUUCCCUCCCUCGAUCGUUGAUACCAUCAGGAAGCACUGUGUGGAGGGAUACAUGGCCUUUGCUCCUAUUGUCCAGAGACUAGACUGCGGUACAACGCCAUUGGAGGCCAAAGGCUACUGGGAGGUCAAUGGCUUUGGCUUGCUUGGGAUCUACAAGUCAGAUCUGGUCACAGUGGGAGGAAUGAACACCAAGGAGUUCAAAGACCGCUGGGGAGGAGAGGACUGGGAGCUCCUCGACAGGAUCCUCCAGGCAGGACUGGAGGUAGACAGGAUCUACUUGAGGAACUUUUCCCACAACUAUCACUCCAAACGUGGCAUGUGGAAUCGGCGGAUGUCAACAGGGCACAGGUGACCUUGACACCUGCGGGUGCAUCGUGACAUCGCCACGGUUACAACCAUGGCAACCAGAGCACUUUAAGGCCGGAGCUUGAUGCCUGCUAUGUAAUGGUAAUACCUGCUGACCGUCAGAGAGGGUGACAUGGGAUUGGACGCUGUCUUCGUUCGCUCAGGCUUUGUGAAGGUCAUUGCUAAGGGGAUACUACUGAUAAGGUCAGAGUUAAUUUUACUGGACGUACUGUUGACUACUAAGAGGGUACUGGCUAAUGAGCACCACUGGCUCUAUAUAUGAAGAUACUGCUGUGCACAAUGUUGCUCACUGAGACUAUGACCUGCACUAAAGGCUGCAAUUAAAUGACCUGAUCCAAAGACAGAACUGGACUCCUAAAUGACAAUCCGCACUCCUGGACGUAUGCACACAAGUGUCCUAUUAAGAUCACAAGCCUUGCACAUGAGUCUUAACUGGGGAAAUCAAUGUCUUUUUUUCUUUGUGACAAAAUGGAAAUAUUUGACUUUAGAUUGUGUAUAUGGUAAACACAGCCUUAUCUCAUCGUGUUUUAAAUUAUAGAACAUUUUCUAUUUAUUAAAUAAAUGUAGUUUGUUGUUUCGUUUUUUUUUCAUUUGCGUUUAAUUUUAUUUUUUUGAAACAGAUGUGUACCUCAGUUUACCCUUUAGAGUGCCCCUCCCAUCUACUUUAAAUGCGUAUUCUUCUCUGUAACUGUUGUUUAGGUACCGAGGGUUGUUUUUACAGACAAGUCAGAAAAUCAUUUUUAAUCAUAUAUCAAAAAUGACGUUGAUUCAGAUUUGUAACCUGUUGUGUUCUGCCUCAAGCACAAAAAGAGUAAUCAUAUGCUAGAUCUAAACUGAUCCAUUGUUGUGAGAUUUUGUUGUCCAUCUCUGCCUAACCCUCCCUACACAGCCAGUCACCAAAGAAAACAGGUAAAACUUGGGUAGGUGGAGGGACCUCUACUUUCUUCCUGUAUAGAAAAGCAGCAUUACUUUUUCAAUAUGACGGACGAGUCUGUUGAAAUAUAAUAUCGGGGAUCCAAUAUGUUCAGCAAAUAAUUUUAAAGCUAAAGCUGCUGUUCUUAUUUGUUCUUAAUUGAAAGGAAGAAAGCUUGUUUUGUUGUUUUUGUUUUGCUGUCAACACAAUAAUUACACAUAUGAUGUAGUGAUUGAAAAAAUGAUCUUGUGUUUUAAUCAUGUUGUUAUUUUGUUAUUUAAAACUAAGCAGCAUUUGUGAUUGUUCACAUUCCACUUUAACGUCGUGCCUUUCUUAGAUUAGUCGUUUCAAACUCAUUCAUGUUGAGCUGUUUCCGUUCAGUUCUGGUCUGAAGCCGGAUUUUUGUGCUGGUUUUGUAACACUGCUAAACGUGAUGUGAUGUUUUUAUAUACUAUUUCUUUUUCCAGAGCAUUCAAUCUUUUACAAUUAGGUUUUGAUUUUACCUGAAUAUGGUAUGAUGUAUGUUGUUCCCUUUCCUCCUUUGCUGCACUUUCGUGGCUUACUUUUUAAAAAUCGACUUUAUUUUUUAGAUAUACCUCAUGCCUCCCUUUAUGCUGGGAAUUAGUUUUUGCCUUACUGUACGGUUGUGGAGUUUCUUCUCUCAGGGACAGGUUUUUCCAUGUUACACUGCCUUGGCAAAGCUGAGCAAUAAACUUCUCCAAAAAAAA